CCCCCUGCCCUGGCGCUGCCCGCAGAGCCGCCCGCACACCUCCUGGCCGAGGUGCUCUUCUGCCAACCGGCCAUGCCCUCCCUGGGGCUGGCCCUGGCCUUCGACGCCGACCAGCUCUUCUGGUUCGACUUCCCCCGCUCCCAGUGGACCCCCCGCCUGCCCGACCUCCCCCCCUGGCCCCCCAACCUGGAGACCCCCAAGGAGCUCCUGCAGGACGCCACCCUCUGCCAGGACCUGCGCCGCGGCAUCAGCGAGCUGGCCACCGGCAAGCUCCCGGAGUCCAAGGGCAUCCCGGUGGCCAACGUCUUCCCGCUGCAGCCCCCGGCGUUGGGUGAAGCCAACACCUUGGUGUGCAUGGUGGAGAACAUCUUCCCUCCGGCGGUGGCCAUCAGUUGGCAGCUGGGGGGGGUCCCCGUCACCCAAGGUGUCACCCACACCCACUACACCCCCACGGCCGACCUGGCCUUCCUCCGCUUCUCCUACCUCCCGGUGACGCCCGCCGCCGGCGACAUCUACUCCUGCGUGGUCACCCGCGAGGGGGACAACGCCUCCGUCGUCGCCUACUGGGUGCCCCAAAACCCGGUGCCCUCGGAGGAGCUGGAGACGGCGCUGUGCGGCGCCGCCAUGGCCUUGGGCAUCCUCCUGGCGCUGUUGGGCCUCGCCAUGAUCCUGCUGACGCGGCAAAACGCCCACGAGCCGUCCCCGGAGUCGUGCCUCAGUUUCCCCACCGGGAAAGUGUAG